CCUCGUGUCCAGUCAUAUCGCGAGCCAGUCCCCGCGUCGACGCGUGCGUGCAAGAAACCUUCGCUCGCGGCUCCAGAGGAGAUCAACGACGGAAAACAGAAAAAUCCUUGACGGUGCAUUCAGAGAGGCCUUGUGGUACUUGUAGGUAUAUAUGAGUAAACCCACCUCCUUAAAAGGCUUAGACGGCCACGAGUCCCUUCCCCCAGCACCGACGCUCGUCGGCUUGUGCACUUAGUCGCGCAGCAUCCGUCAUCCGAUCGGGACGCACUGGAGGAUAACACACUCGGUUGCGACUGCACGCGUGGGCGGUGUAUAAGAGAGAGGAAAAAGCGGUGGCGCGUUGUAUCACAAUAGAGAAUCCCCCAGGCUCCAGCAGCGCCGCCUCCGCCCCCGCCGCCACCGCCGGUGUCUGGACAAGUGCCAAACCUCAGGAUCAGCACUGCGUCAGAGCACUGCCCGAGAAAAACGGCGUUCAACGGACCCCAGGAUCCGUUCGAGCCGCCCGCGGCCAUCCAGAACGCGAUGAUGACCAAGGACAAAAAGCCCUUUACCUACACACCGGGUAUGGGCGGCAAACUCGACCUGUCGCAGAUCCGCAGCCCACGGAUGGCUCGGCGCGUCGCCAAGAACGCCGAGGACGAGGGUAUCGAGGGCCCGCCCAAGUCCGCCCUCGGCCAACAAAGCCCCGGCUCCCAGCCCCAGACGCCCAACGUCUACUCGCACCCUCAGGUCGCCAUUCCCGUCUUCCCCCAAAACAUGGCCCAACAACCCACUGCCGCCAACCUGAGGAACAGCACCGUUUUCCCGCGCUCCCCGUCUGAGAGGCAGCCCGAUCUCCCGGCGCCGAGUCGACCGGUGAUCAAAGUGGAGACGAAAAUCCAACCGGUCGUCAACUCGGCGCCCGGCAACCAGAGCCCGACGUCGCCCCCAACCUCACCGACGCAGGUUACCCUGGCCAAGGCACCCACGCCCUGGAUGCAGAAGCCGUCCAAGUCCCAGGAGGGGCUACCAGAGUGGGCGAGACGAUCGGCCAGCGCCAACCGGUCGCAGGACUCGUCCUCCGGCUCGGAGAGCCCCCAGUACCAGCCGGACUACUACCAGCAGUCACCCCAGCCCAGGCAGAUCAUCGUGGUGAACACCUCCAAGCCGCACCAACAAACGAUACCAGCGCGCCAAGAGGCCGAGCGGGUCGUCCCAGUCAGGAUCGAGGAUCGGCCGUCGGUGUUUGCAGCUAUGAACGAGUCCGGGCACCACCAGCUGUCCAAUACCUCGCCGCAUCAUCAGUCGCGGUGGGGCAACCCGGUCGGGCAGAGCACCUACGCCCCCGCCCAGCAGAACCAGGGGGGCGCUCGUAUCAUACCGAUCCAGGUCGACGGUCAGGCACCGCCCAAUCAACCUCAGUACAGAUCGCCGGCUCUCGAUAACGGGAACAGAAGUAUGCCACGGGUUCAAGCGACGAGCCCGCAAGCGGAGCCUGGACCGGUGCAGUCCAAGUCGUUCCGAGUUUUGCAAAAGAUCACCGACACGGACUCGGAUCAAGUCGACGACGAACAAGUGCGAAAGCUACAUCUCACGGAAGACGACAGAUUUCUCAUGAACAAGUUCAAAGAACAAGUUGACGGCGACUCGUACCUGCACAAGGAGGAAGACCCGAGAUAUCGCGGCGCAGCGAUUCCUUCACGAGCUUUUCGUUACUUGCAGAACAUGACGGAAUCCGGGGACGCAGUUAACGCAAACACCACGACGCCCAGCAGGCCUGUUAAUCCCGCAACGAAGAAGCAAAAUCGAAAUUCGAAUACUUUCGACGAAGUACCCGUCCCCGUCACGUACAUCCCGGCGAGUGAGCAGCAGGUGCCGGAACCGAAAAAGUACAUGGGUGGCGCCAUACCGUCGAGGUCCUUCAGGAUACUGCAAGCGAUGACGGCGCCCGAAAAUAUCGGUCCCGAUGUCACCGAGUACUGAGCAGAUUGAGCCAAGAAAAAGCGCAAGGACGACGGUUGAUUGGCUUGCGCGUCUCUUCUCGUUUCAGCCGAGUCCUUGUAUUCUAUCAUUUUUUUUAUUUAUCAUAAUUUUUUUUGUUACAUGCACAUAAAAAUACAACGAUGUUCACGAAAAUGUUGGUACUCUGUCCGUUUAUUUUUAUUCGAUUGAUAUAUAUAGAUCUAAUUUUUUGUACGAGUAAUUUCUCACUAAGCUGUCAUUGCAAUUUUAACGGUAAUACGAUAAAUUUACCCAUUAACACGACAUCACUUGCAAUUUAUUGGUGUUGAGUCUCGCCAGCAUAGAAUUGUAUACAAACACACACUUAUUGUACAUUUAUACAUAUAUACAUGCGUGUUAUACAUUUUAAGAAUUUAUAGCGACCCUAAGCGAUAAA